AUGAUCCCAAAUCCUAUCGAAUAUAACUAUGGUCCCCGAUCUGUGGCCAUUGGUGACAUUGACAACGAUGAUUGGCUAGAUAUUGUUGUUGCAAAUUAUGCUGCUGAUAAUGUCGCUGUCUAUUUCGGUUAUGGGAGGAACAGCACGAAAAGUUCAGUGACGUACUCGGCCGGUAUUGAAUCUGGCCCCUACAUGGUUACUGUCGGUGACUUCAACAACGACAAUCGACUGGAUAUCAUUGUUGCGAAUUUCGAUGCCAAUAACAUCCUUAUAUUUUUUGGAUUCGAAACUGGGUCCUCCCCAACCCAAACAGUCCUUUCAACUGGACCAUUCCAAGUUGUUUGGAUUCAUGUGGAAGAUCUCAACAAUGACUCAGCAUCAGAUAUAGUCACUGCUAACUAUGGUACACACAGUGUUAGUGUCAUUCGUGGACAUGGCAAUGGAAGCUUUUCAAGUCCAACCACAUACUCAACGGGAUAUGAUUCGUUUCCUUCCAUGGUUGUUAGUGGCGAUUUCAAUAGGGACAAACAGAUGGAUCUUGCAAUCGUCAAUUAUGGAACAAACAAUAUUGUUGUAAUGAUUGGAAAUAGCGAAGGUACUUUUGGAACUCAAAAACUAUUUUUCACUGGUUCUAAUUCCCAUCCAUUAUCAAUUGCCCUGGGAGAUCUAAACAACGAUGCUAUCCUAGAUAUCGUCGUUGCUAACACCAAAACGACUUAUUCGCUCGAUACUGCUUCUCCAUAUGCCAUUGGCAUUGGUGAUUUCAACAGGGACAACAGAAUGGACAUAGCUGUCGCCAAUAAUGGUAGUAACAAUGUUGGUGUAAUUCUAGGAUAUGGAAAUGGCUGUUUUGCAAGCGCAAUGAUGUAUCCGACAGGAUCUACGUCUUCAAUAUCCCUUGCUAUAGGCGACUUAAAUAGAGACAAUCGUUUAGACAUUGUUGUCGUCAGCAAUGACACCGAUAGCAUUGAUAUUCUUCUCGGAUAUAAUGAAUUCUUUCCAAUCCAAACAAAAUAUUCCAUUGGCGCUGCUCCAAGUUAUGUUGCUGUGGCUGAUUUUAAUAACGACACGCAACUAGAUAUCGUUGUCGCUAAUUAUCAUAGCAACACUAUAAGUAUACUUCUUGGAUAUGGCAAUGGCUCUUUUGCAAGAAGAACGGACUUUAGCACAAACACUAGUCCUUACUCUGUUGUUGUCGGGGACUUUACUAAAGAUAGAAUAGUAGACAUCGUAGUUUCUAAUUCUGGUGAUAAUUCUAUAAGUGUACUUUUUGGAUCUGGCAAUGGCUAUUUUCCAAAACAACAGAUAUAUGCAACUGGCAAUAUUCCAUAUAAUUUAGUUGUAAGUGAUUUUAAUAAUGACAACCAACUUGAUAUUAUCGUCAGUAAUUGGGCUAACAACAAUGUAAGUGUACUUCUCGGGUCUGUCAAUGGUUCUUUUGCAAAGCAUGCGCUGUACCCAGCUGGCAUCAGUCCAUUCAAUUUAGCUGUUGGAGAUUUUAACAAGGAUGCCACACUCGAUCUCGUCGUCACUAAUCCAAAUAACAACACUAUUGGUGUACUUCUCGGCUAUGGCAACGGCUCUUUUAGAGAACCAGUGGCUUAUUCAACUCGUAAUUAUCCACUAUUUGUUGCCGUCGGUGACUUUAAUAAUGAUAUCUGUUUAGAUAUUGUGGUGUCAAAUUAUUAUGAAAACAUGGUCAGUGUAUUUCUCGGAUAUGGCAAUGGCUCUUUUCAAAGUCAAAUAACAUAA